AUGGUGGAAGCAUAUGAUCCUUAUUUUGUCCAGAAGAAAGAUGCUAUUGGAGUUCUUGGUCUGUUUUCCCUUCAAAAGAUGACAGCGGCUAUGAGGAUGCUCGCUUGUGGAGUAGCGGCCGAUUCUGUAGAUGAUUAUGUGAGGAUUGGAGAAAGCACUGCAAUAGAAAGUCUACAAAGGUUUGUUCAGGCAGUGGUUGCAAUUUUUUCAGAUGUGUACUUGAGGGCACCAAACAAAGAUGACAUUGCUAAAUUACUAGAGGUGGGAAAAAAUCGUGGGUUUCCUGGAAUGUUGGGGAGCAUUGAUUGUAUGCAUUGGAAGUGGAAGAAUUGUCCUACUGCAUGGAAAUGUAUGUAUUGUGGUCAUAUCCAUGAACCAACUAUUAUUUUAGAAGCGGUGGCUUCUUAUGAUCUAUGGAUAUGGCAUGUAUUUUUUGGAUUACCGGGAUCUCAUAACGACAUCAAUGUGUUAGAACGUUCUUCUGUAUUUUCUCUCCUUACUGAAGGGCGUGCUUCCCAAGUUGAUUACUCAAUCAAUGGAAAUGACUAUACAAUGGGAUAUUAUCUCGCUGAUGGUAUAUAUCCUCAAUGGUCAACAUUCGUUAAAACAAUUCCAUCUCCACGAGGCAAUAAGCAAAUACAUUUUGCUAAGGCUCAAGAGUCAGCAAGGAAGGAUGUCAAACGAGCAUUUGGAGUGUUCCAAGCACGUUUCUCAAUUGUGCGAGGACCUGCACGUUUUUGGAAAGUUGAAACCCUUAAAGUUAUUAUGAAGGCAUGUAUAAUAUUGCAUAACAUGAUUGUUGAGGAUGAGCGAAAUGAACAAAAUAUAGACUGUAAUUAUGAUGCAAUCGAUGAAACUCUCCCUCCAGCAGUAGCGAGUCUGAUCCGAUUCCGUUACCGGAGGCAAUGCAGCAAGGAUGCCGAAAUUCUCCGCACGGCCGACGCCGUGGUGGUGGUGGGAGCGGGGAGAGGAGUAAGUGGAAUGCGAGGUGGAGGAACGGUUGUGGUCAGCGAAGUCGCCGGUCUAGAAAACGUCAUCUUCAUUGAGGAGGAGGAAGUGGUUCUCUGGAUGCGGAAUCUGGCGGCGGAGCCACUGCUCGGGUCCAUGAAAAAGAUUUUGCUCGUCUUCGUUGAGGAGGAGGAAGUGGUUCUCUGGAUGUGGAAUCUAGCGGCGACGCCACCGCUCGGGUCCAUAAAAAAGAUUUUGCUCUCACCAAAAGAUUAG